CUGUUCAAAAGUUUAUUUGAAAAGAAAGAUAUAAUUUUCUUUUAUUAGGUAUGGAAGUGGAUCAACUGUUUUUGGUUCUGGUGGAAAAAUGGUUAAUAUUGAACAGUGGCGAUGCAUCAGUACUUUAAGAGGUCACAGUGGAGAUAUACUUGACUUAGCAUGGUCACCUCAUGAUGUAUGGCUGUCAACAUGUAGUGUAGAUAAUUCUAUUGUGAUUUGGAAUGCUCUUAAAUGGCAAGAAAUAAUAGCCAUUCUAAAAGGGCACACUGGUCUUGUUAAAGGUGUAUCUUGGGAUCCGGUUGGGAAAUAUAUAGCAUCACAG